UAAACGUCAAAUUCUGUUUGUAGUUUCAAGUGAACCGAAGUGGGGACCGUAGUCGGCGUAGUAGCCUUGGUUGGAAGUUGGAAGACUUGGAAGAGUUGUAACUGUUGGAAGUUGGAUUUUGAUUUCAUAAUCAUAACAGUCACUUCAGUCUCAGUCACGCCUGGUCACGCCAAUCAGGCGUGUUGGUUCGUUAGCUAGUGAUGAUGAGUUUAGGUUAUAAGCGUUAUAACUUUCGGAGUUUUUCGUUUCUGUUUCGAUUUAUUUAACUAUUCAUAAAUAAAUUGAUGGAGAAAAACCUUCUCUCGAUUAACAUAAUUGAUGAUCAAUGAUCCGCGCGGUCCUCGCGUUUUAGGACGUCAAGUGCCGAUCACCUCAAGUGAGGAGCAUGUUACUUCGUGGGUUAUGGAGCAUUGACUGGAAUACCUGAUAUCCAAUUAAUGCAUAAUGACGAAACCGAGAGCUUGAGAAGGUGCUUUGUUUACUUCAGUGCCGCCACCCUCACACCCUCACACGGAUGAUCGGGAAGAUUAAGAAAUUGUCGGGAGUAAUUAUAUUGUCAACCGCCUACGUGUGUUUACGGACGAGAGUAGCACGUAUGGGACCGUUACUCCACUGUGUCUUCAUCGGGCGCCCUGUCCCCAGCGAUGACGCGGCGGGCGUAACCUGGGCGCCCCAACAACCUUGAUCGGACGAGAUUCGUCCCGGGCAACGGCUCUUAUCUGGCGGCUUAUCUAAAAUUCAAUAAGACUCGGAGGCUAAAUAGUGCUCCACAGCUAUCACGACAUUUGGCUGCUGUCAUGUCUACGAGCGAGAAUCAUCAUCGAAUACACUCUACUGUUAUGGACGGCUUCCCACAGGACUACGAGGGCAAGAUGGAAACAUUUGACACAUACAACGAGUCUAUGGUCACUGCCGCGAAUCACCAGUGUGACAUGGUCCAGUCUGUGAACAGUAGUCAAGCGCCCGCACAGCAGGAGAUGCAGGUGCCAAGUCAGGAGAGUCACGAUCCAUUGAUGCUGCAACAGCAGCAGCAGAAACAGCAGCAGCAGCAAGUGGAGCAGGCGCAUCAGGUGACACAAAUCGAGUCAAAUGUUGGAGAACGGAAGAUGAUCCCGGUGAGAUUGCCUGCUCUGUUAGAUGGAGAGUACUUUGCUGUGACCAGGGUGGAGGACACCAAUGUCACAGUGGUUUGCCAGCAAUGUAAGAAACAGUUGAACGGCAAUCUGAAGUCCACCGGAAAUUUCCUUAGUCAUGUAAAGCGAUUACAUCCAGCUUUGAUGAGUAAAAUAAGAUGUAAAUCUAGUCAGAGGAAAGCCGCGAUAUACGUCAAUUCAGUAUCAACGACGCCUGAUAAAUCCCUCGAAAUAGUGCGAGAGAAGCGUUUAGUGCCACCUAGUAAUCCUAAGAAGCGCUGUAAAGUGGAGGAAUGUACGAUUGGAAACGAAGAGUCUUACGAACAGUCCGCGGAUUGGAACGACACGUCGUUAAUUCGGGGAUCCGAGGAAUCUGAUCCAUCCCCGGAUCCAUCCCUGAGAAUAUCGCACAACAAUUCGUUCAUGAUGGAGGACGAGUUUGAUGCAAUCGGCCGCAACGUCGCCGCCAAACUCAGGAAUAUGAGACUGGACCAAAGAAUAAUAGCUGAGAAAUUAUUGAACGACAUUUUAUUUGAGGCUCAGCUCGGUAAUCUUCAUAGAAAUUCAAGUAUCCAUGUGUGAAAGGAGGAGGGAUGUACAAAUGGCCUGUGAGUCGGUAUUGUGUAUAUAUAUAUAUAUAUAUAUAUCUUUUAGUGAAUUGCGAAAGAACGAUCUUUCGAUCGAUUUGAUGGAAAGCAACGUGAUAUGAUUAAUAAAGAGUUAUCUAAUUCGUUAUGUAACGUCCGCGUUAUUACGCUCGUAUGCAUGAAUGGAUAACGAUUUUAAAUGAUAUUAGCACUCUAGCUUAAUCCUCCAUUGCUCUUUUAUGAGGCAAACUGAUCUCAUUUUCAUGAGAUCAGUUUACAUUUUAUUUUUUUCAUUGCACAGAUGUAACAAAAAUUGACUUUAAAACUUUGAUUUUUUUAAUUUACAAUUUUCUAGAGUAUAUUUGUACGAUUGCUUUCUCAACACAGACCGUGCUAUUUUAAUUUCUUUUCUUCUCUCAACGAUCACUUCCAUGUGAUCUCAGAAAACUGCGAUAAUGUCGCAGUGACUCAUAUAUAGUGGCGUUUGUAUGAGAGUUAACAUUUAUUUGUUGAACGAGAGCAAAGGAGAAUUAGAGACAUUCAUACUUUUGUGAUAUAUCUUGUUCUACUUCUUCUACUUCUAUGUAGUGAUCAUUACAUUCGGAUAUUUUUCAGACAAAGACGAGAAAUUUAGAUAUUCUAUUUCGCAGAGAGAUACAUAUAAGCAUAUAUAUUAAAGAUUUAUGCUUUGUUUUUAUACAUACAUGUAUAAUAUUGUAAAUAUUUCUGCAUAAUAUAAUGAGGGUUGGAAAAGUUACUUUUUAAAAGUAACUAGUCAUACCGUUACUAGUUACAAGUAACUUUCUGAAAAGUAACUCGUCAACGUUAUCGUUACUUAAACCUUUGGUACACGAUACGAUUUUUUAUGCUAAAUCACAUGCGAGACAUCUUAAUACAUGUCCUGAUUGGCUCGGAUGAUUGUCACCAAUCGUAAGUCAAUGAGGAUACGUAGUAAGACGCCUCGUAUGCGAUCUAGCAUGAAAAAUCGUAUCGUGUGCCGAAGGCUUUAAAAAGUAUCGAUACGUUACUUUUUCCGUUAGAGUCAUAAGAUGGUAUAAUAGUUUGAAUAAAUCAAGUAAAUUCCAUGUCAUAUGCCAUGGUUCUUACUCUUUGCAAUAUUAAAACAAGACCAAAUUAAACAAAAAGUUUACUAUUUUAAUGUUUUUAUUAAAAAAGAAAUAGUAAUUACUCUCCAACUGUAUACGGUGUCCACAACAAAGUAACAGCCUACCUGUUACAAGAUAACAUCUACCAAGUAACGGUAAAAUAAGCGCAAAUUUGUUUAUCUGGUUCCUCUCCUUUUAAAAAAACGUGAUAGAAAGGACUCAGAACCACAUUAUGAAAAACCAAAUCAAUAUAUCAUCGAAUACCGAAUAUGUGUACGAACGAAUCCACAUUUUUAGACUUUUUUCUAUAAGUAAUAUUUGCUCAUCAUACAUUCAUCAACAAAAUUAUCGUAUAGGUAAAUAUGUGAAAAUUUUUCAUAAUUUCAAAUAAGCAUAACACCGUAAAAUUUUAUCACAUUUCAAUUUUUCGAAAAGCAUUUUAAAGCUUAAAGUUCUUUCGAAUGCUGCAUUUUAAUGCAGCAAAGUUGCAUUAAAAAUUUUGAUUUUGACAAAUUAAGCUUUAUCAUUACCGUUUUGUAACAAAUUAUGCUUUAUUCUCACCGUUGUGAAAAAAAGAUAAUUGAUAUAGUCAAAAAGCAUUAGAAAAAAGUUUUAAGCUAAAAAUGCUUUUUGAAAAAUUAAAAUAAUGCUAUUUAUAUUACUAUUUGUCUAGAUAAAAAAUAACAUUAUAUAUGAUUUGUGGAUAAUAUCGUUAUCAAAAAGUAAAAAGUUGCGCGCGCGUCUGUGGUGUCUAGUCUUAUCUAAAAAAUGCAUGUAAAGUUGAUUGCUCGCAUCUCUUAAAAUUUAUUGUUGUCACUUGUCCGUGAUGCCGAUUGGCUCUCUCGCUACACUUAUUUCGUGUUGCAAGAGUAGAUGUCAUUGCGAUUGAAUUGUGAUAGCUUUCAAAUGUGUACAGAUAUCUAUACGAUUAUCGUUGUAAUUUAUUUUUAAAAAAUAAAAAGUAAAAAGUUAAGUAGCGCGCGAAGCGCGCGUCUGUGGUGUCUAGUUUAAGAUAUGAAAACAGUUUUAUUUCUAUAUCCGGCUAUAGGAAUGAUGAGUCAAUCUACACGUAUUUACGGUGUUACAUAUCUGUAUAUCAUAUUUUGUCUUGUACCAAAAAAAGUAUACAGUUGGAGGAUUAAUAAUUAAAUAAUGUAUUAUUUGUAUCCUAAAUAACACCACAAAAUAAAUUUAAUGAAAACGUUUUUAGAAUGCUUAACCCUUUGCGUCACGGUGAGUCACUAAGUCACCACCAAGGACUCUCUAGUUUUUAAUUAUUUUAACGAUUUUUUAACCUUUUAAAGUCGGUUUUUUUUGCUUUCUAAUAGUUCGGGACCUUAAGGUAUGUUUAAAGAUAUAUAUGAUCACAAAUUUGUAUUUAUUUACUUGCUAUAAAUAAACAAAUACUAAAAAUUUGCUGUUUUUUUUGAAAGAAAUUUAUUUUCUCUCAGAGAAGAGCGCUAAUUUAUACAAAACUCUACAUCUGGGGGUUUUUGAAAUCGCUGAUUACGAAUCCGUUGUCAAAUUUUCGAAAAUGUACACAAUAUUAAAAAUUCAACCAAUUUCCAUAAAACUUAGUAUUUAGGGUUUUUUUUGAGGUACUGAUUACGAAUCCGCUAUCAGAAUUUCAAAAUUAAAAAUGGUAGAUCCAAUAUGGCGAGCAUAAAAAUUCAACUAAUUUCCGUGAAACUUAGUAUCCAGGAGCUUCGUUGUAUUGGAUCCGCCAUUUUGAAUUUUGUAAAUCUGAUAACGAAUUCAAUCAUCCAGAAUCAACAUCCAGAAAAACUCCUAGAUACGAAGUUUCACAGAAUUUGGUUUAAUUUUUUGUUUUAUGUCCGCCAUAUUAAAUUCACCAUUAAACAUUUUUUAAAUCUGACAUUGGAUUCGUACUCAGCGAAAAACCCCUAGAGACAGAGUUUUAUCAAAAAUUGAUAAGCAAGAAUAAUUAGUGGCUCAAAGGGUUAAAAUGAGUUUUGAUUUUCAAUUUUUACUAACUCUAGAAUGAUAUGUUAAUUUUGUGUAUAGCCCCCAAAUAUUCCAAAUGUGUAAUGUUAUGAGGAGACAUUAGACUGUAGUUCAAAUCAUUUCAAAAUUGAAUUUGAUAGUAUGCUUUUAUUUUUUUCAUUUAUUUUAAUUUGACAAUUAGAUUAUUUAUGUUCAUAAAGGUCAAGAUUAUACUUUGUCAAUAAAAAUGUGAAAGUCAUGAAAAUCUUGUGCUACAUUAAAUAAGAAUAGCCAAUUUCCUCGGACGUAAAAUUUACGUAUCAAUAGCAAUAUUAUACCAUAGUCAAUAAUCAUUCUAGGGUUAAAGUUAUAAGUACAGCGAUAUUCAGACUUAUUUGCAUCUUCAAUCUUGUAUUAACAAAUUUCAUCAGUUUAAUAAUUUCAAAUUAAAAAUUGUUCUUAAAAUGUAUAGUGAUAUGAUUGGUUUUUAAGAUUAGGUACGUUUUUUAUUACUGCACUGAACUAUACUGAAUUAUAAUUUUUCUUCUCUCUUUCACCGAUUUUCAAACAUACCUAUUCCAAUUUAAGUACACAGUGUACGCUAGUCCAAUUAUAAAAAACGAUCUACAGUUUAAAAUCUUGCACACAAUAAAGGAAUAUUAGAUAUUAGGAAUAGGAAAUAUAAAUUUUAGAUUGUUUUUUUUAUUAAACACUACAGAUAAAUAAUAAGUUGUGUUAUAUCUUGUAUGCACAUUUAUUGCCUUACAUUUUUUCGUAUCCAUAUUAUUGUUACGUUUAAUGUUCAUUGAAGAAAUCGAAAUUUUAAUUUCUAUUCCUAAUAUCUAAUAUUCUAUUGUGCACAAAGCUUUAAGUAUAACAACAAACUAUAAAUAUUAGUCAAGACUGAAGAUUGAACAUAUACACACAUAACGUAUAUGUGCGUACACAACGAAAAUUAUAUUACAAAUAAGUUUAAAAUGUAAAAAGUAACGAUAAAAGUAACCAUUAAACUUGUUACUGAAAAACAUGUAACUACGUUAUCGUUAUAGUUACGAAAAA